CAUAGCUACUAGCCCCGUUUGGUAGCUCAACACUUCCAUAUUGCUCCAUACGCAAAGUGUAGGAGGAAAAUCUAAACGUUACUUUUUUAUCUGUCAUCCAGCAGCGGGUUUCAUCUUUAACCGAAUUUUCAUGACCCUGCGGGCGUCUACUGUCUGUCAGGGAUGAUAUAAUGCUAGACCGGAGUGAAGCUAACGUGUUCAGCAUUUCCACGCUAGCCAUAGCAGGCCGGAGCAGCUAACUUACAGCCAUCGGAAACGCUUAGGACCGCACGGAGUAACGUAAGGAGCAUGAGCGCACAAUUUAUCUCCUAGCUACGUUAGCUACAUGUCUUCGCUGAAAGUGACUGGGAUGGUAUCAUGGAGAGAGACAGUCAUCAAGGAGAGGCACAGGGAGUGAAGAUUUGUGAUCCAACCUCUGAGAGUAAUCCACCUGCUGACACCUUGGCAACUUCUCUCUCCCUGUUGGGGAAUCACAUGUUUCCUGACCGGGUGGAGAAGAAGGACAGCACCACUGUUAACAAAGAGGACCCUGCAGAUUCACUUGUGUCAGAUGUUACUGCAGAGGAGCAGAGUCUGGAUGCAGAGCCCCUUUCUAACCAGGAAACAAAGCUAGAGACUGAGGAGACUGAAAACUCUGAGUGUCAAAACAAUGUGUCCACCCAGCCGUCUGACAGAGGAACCGAGGAAGCUGCCAUUGACAAUGACCAGAGCGACGCUGGGGAGUUUGUUGUUACAAUGCUGGCCAAGGCCAAACUGGAGGAGCAAGGUAUAGGUGUGAAAGGAAGGUCUUCUCCCUUGUUGGAGGCAGGCAUCCAGGAAUCUCCUGCGUCUAUGUCUCAUCGUGAUGAGGACGUGACAGCUGACAGCUGGCGGCAGCACAGGAAGCAUGUUUUUGUGCUAAGUGAAGCAGGCAAACCCAUCUAUUCCCGAUACGGCAGCGAAGAGGCGCUUUCAUCUACAAUGGGAGUCAUGAUGGCACUUGUUUCCUUUGUUCAAAGUGGAGAUAACAUCAUCCGCUCAGUCCAUUCUGAGGAGCAUACCGUGGUGUUCUUACAGAAGGGGCCCCUAGUGCUGGUGUGUGUCUCUAGCAGCCGCCAGUCUGCGCAGCAGCUACGUGGAGAGCUCCUCUAUGUGUACUAUCAGAUCAUCAGCAUGCUCACCCAGGCCAGCAUAUCCCGCAUCUUUGAACACAAGAAAAACUACGACCUGAGGAGACUACUGGCAGGCUCAGAGAAGAUCCUGGACGGUCUCCUCAACCUGGUGGAUUCUGACCCCAGCUUCCUGCUAGCAGCAGUACACUGUUUGCCCUUAGCCUCCUCUCUCAGGGACUCUCUCAGCCAGAUCCUUCAGAAAGCAAUCACCCCCAAUUUGGUUUUCUCCAUCCUCAUCGCAAAUAACCAGCUGCUCACCAUUGUCCAAGAAAAGACAGUAAUCGAGGACAGCAGGCUGGAGCCAGCUGACGUCCACCUCCUGCUCAACCUCAUUGGAGCGUCCUCUGCCUUUCAGGCUGGGGAGAUCUGGACUCCCAUCUGCCUCCCCCUCUUUAACCCUGACUGUUACUUUUAUGCAUACAUUUCUUACCUGGACCCUCCAGAAUGCACUGUUUGUUUGCUGCUGCUCUCGACAGACAAGGAGGCUUUCUACGCUGUAGCUGAGUGCAAGAGGAAGAUAGAGGAGGCCAUGGUGGCUCAGAACUCCCUUAGCCUCAUUGCCCAAGUCCAGUCUUACAGCGUGAGCCAGGUGGGCGUCUCAGACCUCAGACACUUCAUGUACAAGCCCUUUGAUGUGCCAGACAACUACCGUCAGCUCACUCAGUUCACCAGUCCAGAGAUGGAGGCACCGUACAGCAGUGAAGAGGAGAAAAUGAGACUGCUGGACCUUUAUCGUUAUAUGCACAGCCGCAUCCACAGCACCUCACGACCCCUGAAGCUCAUCUACCACGUGGCUGAGAGAGAAACUCUGCUAGCCUGGGUCACAAGUAAAUUUGAGCUGUACACCUGCUUCAGUCCUCUGGUGACAAAGGCCUGUGCCAUUACUGCUAUCACUAAGCUUCUAAGGUGGAUUAAAAAGGAGGAGGACCGUCUUUUCAUCAGAUAUCCCUCAAAGUAUUCCACCACCCCAAAUCCCAGCAAGAGCUCUCGGGGUGGCAAAUCUGACCAGCAAGACUCCACAGAUAACGGCUUUUUAUCUCUUCUAUAGGACUCUCGUAGUACUACUAUAGUUGCUCUGCCUCAUUCAACAAUAGUUUGUACACUGUUUCCAAGAUAUUUUUAAACCCUCUUUUGACACUUGUUGGACUUGACAGACAUUGACUACUGGAAUCAAACACUACAUUUUACACUAAUUUAAGAAGGAAUGAUCUCUUUUACACUAGUAUUAUUUCUUUACCGUAACAAGAAAGCAUGUCAUUGCAUCACUUUCUUUCGAUCCGAAAGAGUCAGGGCAAAAUAGCAUCAGUAUGUUUUAAAUUAAACUGUGGGAGAAAAUAAUUGCAAUGAUAUUUAAAUGUUUUUAUAUUAUUUUAUUACUGCAACAAGAGAGACCAUUUCCUCGCGGACAGUGAAUGUAUCACACAGACGACAGUUCAUUCAUAUACUAUAGCCUAACGAUCCAUUGCACCUUUGUUGUCUAAGUUAAGAUGAGGAGUAAAAUUAACUUUCUCAGACUAAUUCUCACACAUACACAUAUAAUUUUCAUGACACAAAAACAUCCCAGUGUUACGAAACAGGAUCUGCAACAAAUUAACGUACAGUAUGUUGUGUAUUUGGGCUCAACAUAAACUGGAAAAACAACUGGAACUGCCAGAACAGGGAUGGGCCGCCAUGUAUCAUACAGGGUCAUGAACAAACAAAUUGCCCUUUUUAUGAAUUUGGUUGCACAUCCUGUGACAGAACUUGAAAACUUGUCGUUUCACAUACCACUGAUGUUUCUACUCUAAUUAAAAUCAGGUUGCAUUCAUGUUAAAUUUUGUGCAGAAAACAAAUCUGUUACACCUGAUCACUUUACAUGAUCAUCGUCAUCUGUUACGAUAAAAAGAUGCCACUGAACUCACACAAUGUUUUUCUGCAGAUACUUCUGGUACGAUUAUCAGUUGACACUUAAUGUAGUGACUUCAGGCGACUUAUCUUUUUGGAUAGUAGUUUUGUAACGAUCUGUAGGUAAUAAACAGUAGCCUCAUUCUUGUGUCCUUUUAGAGGAAUUUUCUGUCAAUUCAAGUCUUACGAGUAUGUCUAUAGUAUUAUGAAAUAAAUCCCAGGUUGCACAAA